UAAUGGACGCAGAGGAUUAUAAGGUAAAAGACAUUACUUAAGCUGACUUUGGAAGAAAAGAAAUAAAUUUAGCUGAAGUAGAAAUGCCAGGUUUGAUGUCAGCUAGAGAAGAAUAUGGACCAUAAUAAAUUUUAAAGGGAGCUCGUAUCUCUGGGUCAUUACAUAUGACUAUCUAAACUGCUGUUUUAAUUGAAACACUCUAAGCUUUAGGAGCUUAAGUAAGAUGGUGUUCAUGCAAUAUCUUUUCUACUUAAGAUCAUGCUGCUGCUGCAAUUGCCUAAGCCAAAUCUGCAGCUGUAUUUGCAUGGAAAGGUGAAACAUUGUUAGAAUAUUGGGAAUGUACAGUAAGAGCUUUAGAUUGGGGAAAUGGUUAAGGACCCACAUUGAUUGUAGAUGAUGGUGGUGAUAUGACUAUGAUGUUAUUGGAAGGAGUUAAAUGGGAAAAGAAAUAUGAAGCAAAUGGUGAAUUACCAUAACCAGAAAGAGCUGAAUCUGAAGAUGAAGAAGCAUUUUUGACUGUCUUAAAAAGAGAAAUCUAAUAAACACCAAAUAAAUUCAGAAACUAUGUUGCUCAAGUUAAAGGAGUAUCAGAAGAAACAACUACUGGAGUACAUAGAUUAAAAUAAAUUGCUGCUAAAGGAGAAUUAUUAUUCCCAGCUAUUAAUGUUAAUGAUUCAGUAACUAAAUCUAAAUUUGAUAAUAUUUAUGGAUGUAGACAUUCAGUUAUUGAUGGUAUUUUCAGAGCAACUGAUGUUAUGUUAUCAGGAAAGAAAGCAUUAGUUUGUGGAUAUGGAGAUGUUGGAAAAGGAUGUGCUUAAGCUUUGAAAGGAUAAGGUUGUAGAGUUUAUAUCACUGAAGUUGAUCCAAUAUGUGCUCUUUAAGCAUGUAUGGAAGGAUUUGAUGUUGUUAGAAUUGAAAAAGUUGUUAAAGAUAUGGACAUCUUUAUUACUGCUACAGGAAAUAAAGAUAUUAUCACAGCUUAACAUAUGUCUCAAAUGAAACAUAAUGCUAUUGUUGGUAAUAUUGGACAUUUUGAUAAUGAAAUUGAUAUCAAGGGAUUAAAAUAAUGGGAAGGAAUAAAUAGAAUUUAAAUUAAACCAUAAUGUGAUUAAUGGAUAUUCCCAGAUGGACAUGGAAUUAUAAUGUUAGCUGAAGGUAGAUUACUUAAUUUAGGUUGUGCUACAGGACAUCCAUCAUUUGUUAUGUCAAACUCAUUCACAAACUAAACAUUAGCUUAAAUUGAAUUAUGGAUUAAUAGAGAUAAUGGAAAAUAUGGAAAUGAAGGUAUAUUUAUAAUUAAUUUCUUUAGUUUACAAAUUACCAAGAGAACUUGAUGAGAAAGUUGCAGUCCUUCAUCUUAAGAAAUUAGGUGCUGAACUUACUAUCUUAUCUAAUGAAUAAGCCUAAUAUAUUGGUGUUAGCUAAAAUGGUCCAUUCAAACAUGACGAUUAUAAAUAUUGAU